AUGGCGUGUGCUCCGGAGCCAUCCCACCACGGGCAGCCCCACGGGAUGCACGGGAAGCCUGCGGAGGAACACCCAUCCAUGCCCUUGUCCGUGUUGCACUGGCCCCUCUCCCUGCGGCUGGGGGUCAUUGGAUUCAUCUUGGGAACUGAUGAGGAGGAGGCCGAGCAGGAGGAGGAGGAGGAGGAGGAGGAGGGGGAGGAAGGGGGGCCCCGCGAGCCGCCCCCGCCGCCCCCGCACCACGAGUGGACCUACGAGGAGCAGUUCAAGCAGCUCUACGACCUGGACGAGGACCCGAAGCGCAAGGAGUUCCUGGACGACCUCUUCGGCUUCAUGCAGAAGAGAGGGACGCCCGUGAACCGCAUCCCCAUCAUGGCCAAGCAGGUGCUGGACCUGUACACGCUGUACCGGCUGGUGACGGACAAGGGGGGCCUGGUCGAAGUCAUCAAUAAGAAGAUCUGGCGGGAGAUCACCAAAGGCCUCAACCUACCUACCUCCAUCACCAGCGCUGCCUUUACCCUCCGCACGCAAUACAUGAAGUACCUGUACCCCUACGAAUGUGAGAAGCGGGCGCUGAGCUCGCCGGGGGAGCUGCAGGCCGCCAUCGACAGCAACCGGCGGGAGGGCCGGCGGCAGAGCUUCGGCGCCGCGCUCUUCAGCUACUCCCCCGCGGGCACCCCGGCCCUGCUGGGCGCCCCCAAAGUGCCCCUGCCGGCCCUCAGCGUGGGCCAGGCCGCGGCGCUGGAGCAGCUCCGCGACCGGCUGGACGCCGGGGAGCCGCCGGAGAAGAAGGCGGCGCUGACGGCGGAGGAGCAGCAGCGGCUCAUGCAGCACGCGCUGCAGCACAACCUCCUGGCCAUGGCCUCCCACUUCCCCAUGAACAUCAAGGUCUCCAGCCGAGAUGACAGACAGGAGACCGCAUUGAACCUGUCCACCAACGGCAUUAGCAGUAUCAACAUGUCAAUAGAAAUAAAUGGAGUUGUCUACACAGGCGUCCUGUUCGCGCGGCGGCCCGCGGCGCCCGGCGGAGGCAGCGCGCGGAGCCAGCCGAGCCCCGCGGCCGCCGCGGAGCCGCUGCCG